AUGAGUUGGUCUCAUCUUGGUAAAAAUGACAUGCGAUUGAAAUUGAAAGAAAUUGAUAGUCCAUGGAAGGUCAGUGAAGUCCCCGCUAUAAAUGGAGAUCAUCCUCGUUAUGGUGAAUAUAUUCUUAGCUUGAAACAACCUGCUUUAGGUAUAGAAGAACCUGGGAUAUUUGAAGACUUAUCAAUGAAAACGGAAUUGAUGGUCCUUGUUUGUCCCGAUCAGAAUAGUCUAGGUACUUUUAGACCUUUUGUACAUACUUCGUUUGUCUGGGAUAAACCUCCUUCAGACCCUUCGGAACCGUGUCAAUCAUAUGAAAAGUAUAUACUUCAAGAACUACCUUCAAAGGAUACUAUUCCAUCAACAUUACCCUUCGAUGUCUUUCCCGGUCUAGCAAAUGGUAUACAAUCUCAAAUAUUAAAGACUUAUUCAAAAGGUACAUUACAUGUUCAAACUCAUUUCCCUGACGAACAACAUUACGAGGCAGGUAGUAUAAACUAUACAUUACAAGUGUUCGAGUCACGUUAUGACAAAAGGGAUAUUUUAACUGCAUUGAGUAAAUUCAAUUCUCAAGUAGCUUUACAAACUUUUGCUGUAACAUUAAAGAGUGGUUUUGAUAUUCCACCAGAGUUUAGUGUAUUAAGAAAUGAAUGGGAAAGGAAAGAAUGGCCUAGGCCUCCGAUAGAGGAUAUUGAUUAUAUCAAAGUGGAGUAA